AUGUCGGACCGCAAACCCGAAAUUCUCUGCGUAGGCUUCGGAGCCCUCGGAACCAUCUACUCUUUCCUCCUCUCGCGCGGUUCCGCCAACAUCACAGCCGUCGCUCGUUCCAACUACACCACCCUCACAACCACGGGAAUCGACAUUGCUUCCUCGAAAUACGGAGAAUUCACCGGGUGGAAACCGCAUCGAUGCAUUCGAGAGUCGGAACCUUCCGCAGCGCAAGAUAGGUACUACGAUUUCGUGGUGUGUACGUUCAAGAAUGUUCCUGACCACAAAAAGGCGAGUGAGGUGAUCAGACCUUUCUUGAAACCUGGAAAGGGAAGGGGAGAGAAAUUGCCGACGGUGGUGCUGCUUCAGAAUGGGGUGGGGAUUGAGGAGGAGAUCUAUGCGAGUUUGGUGGAGGCGGAAGAAAAGGUGGCGAGUGGUGUGAUCAGUGCGGUGGCUUGGAUCGGUGCGAAUCUGGUGGAUGGGGGAAAGAGGGUAACGCAUGGAUCGCUGGAGAGGUUGGAGAUGGGAACGUAUCCGAUCGAAUCAAGUGCCGAACAGAAGGCGGCAUUGGAAGAAUUCACCUCGAUCUACGUCAAGGGAGGUGGUGGAGGUGAAGCAGUGCAAGACAUCGAAGCGAUCCGUUGGCAAAAGGUUCUCUGGAACGCCGCCUGGGGAGGUCUAUCUACACUAGCCCGAAAACCCGUCUCGGCACUGCUCCAGGAAGAAACACUGCACUACUCGGUCGGCGUCGUCCGCCGUAUCAUGCUGGAGAUCGUCUACGUCGCCAGAGCCUGCGGAAUCGGAGAAGACAGAUUCCCCAUCUCAAGCGUCGACAAGGCGAUCAACAUCACCCUCAUGACCAGUCCCGUACAAGGCGUCAACGAUCCAAAAGGUGGCAAUCUCGCUGCAAGCUUCAAGCCGAGCAUCCUGUUGGAUCUGGAGAACGCAAGACCGAUGGAGUUGGAACCGAUCAUCGGAAACGUGGUGGCAAAGGCGAGGGAGCAUAACGUGGAUACGCCGAGGUUGGAUCUGAUUCUGGCGGCGUUGAAGCCGAACCAGGUAGAGGCGAUCAGGAAGGCUAAUGGAGGAGAGGUGGAGGAGGGAGGUGUGGGCACGACGUUUUCGCAGUUGACGGCGACGAGUAGGGGAAACUGGCCUGCGGGGGCGCCCGUGUCCAAGGAUUCGAGAACCUAUCUCUAG